AUGAUUGGAACCUUAGCUAGAAGAAUUUCAUCAUCGGCUUCAGCUUCGAGCCGAUUGACUCGGACCCGGAACUUCUGUUUAGGGGUCCUACCCGACACCAUCGACCGGGGUUCCGAAUCCUUCGCCAGCAACUGCAGGGUUAUGGAAGGACUCAUUUCCCAACUCCACUCGCACAUUCAUCAGGUUAUGAAGGGUGGAGGACCUGAGGCUGUGAAGAGGAACAGGAGUAGGAACAAGCUUCUUCCUAGGGAGAGAAUUGAUUGCUUGAUUGAUCCCGGUUCUUCAUUUCUUGAGCUUUCCCAGCUUGCUGGCCAUGAAUUAUAUGAAGAGCCUUUGCCAUCUGGUGGAAUAAUUACUGGAAUUGGACCUGUGCAUGGAAAACUCUGCAUGCUUGUGGCAAAUGACCCCACUGUAAAGGGUGGAACGUAUUAUCCCAUCACUGUCAAGAAACACCUAAGGGCACAAGAGAUUGCAGCUAAAUGCAGACUGCCCUGCAUGUAUCUUGUGGACAGUGGAGGUGCUUUCCUUCCAAAGCAAGCUGAGGUUUUUCCUGACAAGGAAAAUUUUGGGAGAAUUUUCUACAAUCAAGCACUGAUGUCCGCAGAAGGCAUUCCCCAAAUUGCACUGGUACUAGGUUCUUGCACAGCUGGUGGGGCUUACAUACCUGCAAUGGCGGAUGAAAGUGUAAUGGUCAAAGGAAAUGGAACCAUAUUUCUUGCUGGACCUCCACUUGUGAAGGCUGCUACAGGAGAAGAGGUUUCUGCAGAAGACUUGGGGGGUGCAACUGUGCAUUGUAGGGUUUCAGGUGUUUCAGACUAUUUUGCCCAAGAUGAACUGCAUGCACUUGCUAUAGGGAGGAAUAUAAUUAAGAAUUUGCACAUGGCUGGGGGUAUAAAUGAUCAUCUGGUAUCUGAUUACAAAGAGCCAUUGUAUAAUGUGGAAGAACUUCGUUCUAUUGCACCAACAGACCUCAAGCAGUCGUUAGACAUCCGAUCUAUUAUAGCUCGCAUUGUAGAUGGAAGUGAAUUUGAUGAAUUCAAGAAAUUGUAUGGCACUACACUUGUAACAGGUUUCGCAAGAAUUCUUGGGCAACCUGUUGGGAUUCUUGGAAACAAUGGUAUAUUAUUUAAUGAAUCUGCUUUAAAAGGAGCCCACUUUAUCGAAUUAUGCACUCAACGUAACAUCCCAUUGAUCUUUCUCCAGAACAUCACAGGAUUUAUGGUUGGCUCAAAAUCUGAGGCCAAUGGUAUAGCAAAAUCUGGUGCUAAAAUGGUGAUGGCAGUUUCUUGUGCAAAGGUACCCAAAAUCACAGUUAUUGUUGGAGGAAGCUUUGGAGCAGGAAACUAUGCAAUGUGUGGACGUGCAUACAGCCCUGAUUUCAUGUUCUUUUGGCCAAAUGCCAGAAUAUCUGUGAUGGGAGGAGUUCAGGCUGCUGGGGUGCUGGCUCAGAUAGAAAGGGGAAACCGGAAGAAGGCUGGAAAUCAGUGGAGCAAGGAAGAGGAGGAAAUUUUCCGUACCAGAGUUGUGGAGGCAUACGAGCGAGAAGGCAGUGCAUAUUAUUCCACAGCCAGACUUUGGGAUGAUGGCGUCAUUGAUCCAGCAGAUACAAGAAAAAUCCUAGGCCUUUGCAUUGCUGCAUCCAUGAACCGCAAGCCAGAAAGUACCAAAUAUGGUGUUUUCAGAAUGUAUUUUAUCAAAUUUAAACAGGUGAGGACACCUCAAAGGUUGAUUUCUUUUGCUGAACGUUCACCAGACUGUUACUUUGAUCUCCAAGGUGGCGCUAAUAUUCGUGGAAGGAAGGCUGUGCCGGUGGUCUUGCUGUUCAAAAAUGGUGAAAAAUGCGAUUCUGUAAUUGGUACUAUGCCCAAGGAGUUCUAUGUGGCUGCCAAUGAGAGGGUUCUAGCUUCAUAA